AUGACGGCACGAGAGAGGAAACGGUCACUGGUGGAAUUCACACCAUUCAGCCUGGCUUUCGCAAUGUUUGCAGUGGCUGCUGCAGUAGGUCUGGCUAUCGGCCUCACUUAUUUCUUUACUCGGAAAGCAUUUGAUCCAACCCAAAAAGACAAAGAUCAACCCGGUGGUAAAGAAAAAGACAAUUCCCCUUCUGCAGCAGAACUACUUCUUCCUUCGAACAUAAAACCAUUGCUGUACGACUUGACCAUCAAAACAUAUCUACCUGGCUAUGUGAAUUUCCCACCAGAGAAGAAUCUCACAUUUGAUGGGCGUGUUGAAAUUUCUAUGGUUGUCAUUGAACCGACAAAAAGUAUCGUGCUCAACGCAAAGAAAAUCACUGUGAUACCAGAGGAAUGCGAAGUGUUCUCGGGCACCCAAAAACUCGAUAUCGAAAGUGUGAAGGAGCAUGAGCGGCUCGAGAAGCUGGAGUUUCGCCUCAAAUCACGCUUGGGAAAAGAUCAGAAAAUCCUUUUAAAGAUCACCUAUGCCGGCCUCAUCAGUAACACCCUCGGAGGUAUUUAUCAGACCACGUACACCGAUGCAAAUGGAAAUCCAAAGAUCGCUGCCGUAUCUCAAAAUGAACCGAUAGAUGGUCGUCGAAUGGUACCAUGCAUGGACGAACCAAAGUACAAAGCGAAUUGGACCGUUACUGUGAUUCAUCCGAAAGGCACCAAGGCUGCAUCAAAUAGCAUCGAAGUGAAUGGAGAAGGAGAUGUCAGCGGUGACUGGAUUACGUCCAAAUUCGAAACCACCCCACGAAUGUCUUCCUAUUUGCUGGCCGUUUUCAUCUCAGAAUUCGACUUUGUCGAAGGUCGUACGAAAGAAGGUGUUCGAUUCCGCAUAUGGUCACGCCCAGAGGCAAAGGAAAUGACAAAAUAUGCUUUGGAUUCUGGCAUCAAAUGCAUAGAGUUCUACGAAGAUUUCUUUGAUAUCAAAUUCCCUCUGAAAAAACAAGAUAUGAUUGCUCUUCCUGAUUUCUCAGCAGGAGCCAUGGAGAACUGGGGUCUCAUCACUUACAGAGAGAACUCCUUGUUGUACGACGAAAAAUUCUAUGGGCCGACAAAUAAACGACGAGUUGCCGUUGUGGUUGCUCACGAGCUUGCACAUCAGUGGUUUGGCGAUUUGGUCACGAUGAAAUGGUGGGACGAUUUAUGGCUGAACGAAGGCUUUGCAACAUUUGUUGAGUACAUUGGAGCGGAUAAAAUUGGAGACCAUUACUUCAACAUGCCCGACUUCUUCUUAAUUGGUGCCCUUGAGCGUGCUCUGAAAGCUGACUCGGCAGCUUCCAGUCACCCGCUUUCCUUCAGAAUUGACAAAGCAGUAGAAGUUGAAGAAGCCUUCGAUGAUAUCUCAUACGCCAAGGGAGCGUCGGUUAUUACAAUGCUACGAGCUCUGAUUGGAGAAGAAAAGCACAAACACGCAGUGACUCAAUAUCUCAAGAAGUUCUCGUACAGUAAUGCACAAGCGUCGGAUCUAUGGGAAGUAUUCGAUGAAGUAGUCACAGAUGUCAAGGGCCCCGAUGGCCAACCCAUGAAAACUACAGCAUUUGCCGACCAAUGGACAACUCAGAGAUCGCCAGUCUAUCUGUUCCCUUACAGAUUCAAGUGGGAUAUUCCUCUGUGGUAUCAGGAAGGUGACAACAAAGAAGUAAAGCAAACCUGGAUAAGGAGAGAAGAACCGCUUUAUCUGCACGUCAAUGACCUUACCAAACCCUUCGUGGUUAACGCCGAUCGUCAUGGAUUCUAUCGACAAAAUUACGAUGCCGACGGUUGGAGAAAGAUAAUCAAGCAGCUCAGGGAAAAUCAUAAGGUCUUCAGUCCACGAACAAGGAAUGCUAUCAUAAGUGAUGCAUUUGCAUUGGCUUCUAUCAAUGCAAUCGAGUACGAGACUGUAUUUGAACUACUUAAAUACGCUGAGUUCAUUCCUUGGACAGAAGCAAUUUCUGGAAUAUUCGCCGUCUUAAAAUUCUUUGGUAACGAGCCGGAGUCGAAGCCAGCCGAAGCUUACAUGAUGAAAAUUUUGGAACCGAUGUAUAAGAAGAGUGAUUUGGGUUACAUUGCCGCUAAGUACAAGGAUGACACGUUAUUCUCUAAAAUCAACCUGCAAAAAGAUAUCAUUGAUGCGUACUGUGCUCUUGGAUCAAAGGACUGUAUGAAGAAGUACAAAGAUAUCUUUGAUCGUGAAGUUAUGGAAAAGUGUAAUGACGGUGAUGAAGCAACCAAAUGCGUGAGUGUCGCUGCUCCUCUUCGAUCGAGUGUUUACUGCAAUGGUGUGAAGGCAGGUGGAACUUACGCAUUCGAAAAGGUAAAGGCACUAUAUUAUAAAGAAACUGUUCAACUGGAAAAGGAUAUGCUCCUCCGAGCAUUAGGCUGCCACAGGGAUGUUACAGCUCUGAAAGGCCUUCUUCUACUUGCGGUGGAUCGCAAUUCGUCAUUUGUCCGUCUUCAGGAUAUCCCAAACGCCUUCCAAGCUGUAGCCGCAAAUCCUGUUGGCGAAGAAUUCAUGUUCAAUUUCCUCAUAGAGAGAUGGGGAGAUAUUAUUGGAAGCAUAGGAUCAGAACCGACAUAUGUUGAAAGAGUGAUACCACCAUGUACAUCAGGCAUUCGUUCCAAACAGCAAAUAGAUCAGAUCUGGAAAGCAGAAAGGCAGUUCUUCUUUGCUAACGAAGUAGGGCAGCUAGCGUCGGUACCAUUCCGGGCACUAUGGGCUGGAGUAUCGUCGCGCUGGAAGGACUACGAGCUGUUUUAG